CCCGUGUGAAUCGAAGCCCCAACUUGAAACCAAGUUGCUGUGGGCACGAUUUGGGAGUUAUAAAACACUUCAUCUUGGCUUCACCCAUAUUCAACAGUACGGUGUCCCCCUGCUGCGAAGUUCUUCUUUGAAAGAAGGAAAAGGGGUUUGGGAUAGGAAAUAGUGUGUAACAUGACUAGACGUUCGCUCAGCGAAUGCGACCAAUCUAAUGGGUCGUUCGGCACUUCGAAUACUUUGGGGCAACACAAGCGGGUCAAGAACUUCGUUUGAAUGCCGCUACUGUGAUCGUGUAUUCGGGACCGCUCAAGGAUGCGUACAGCACCAAGAUGCUGUACAUCGUAUCGAGUGCAACGAGUGCAGUCGUGCGUUCUAUUCCCCAGAUGCGUUAGGACAGCACAAGCAGGCUGCACAUCCUCGAUUCGAGUGCACCUACUGUGACCGCGUCUUCAGUUCGUCUGGGUGGCGCGAUCGCCACGAGGCCGCUGUACACGGCUUCCAAUGUGUUGAUUGUAGAAAGACAUUCAGUUCCCAGAGCGCCUUGAGAAAGCACAGGCAAGACAAGCAUCCUUUCCAGUGCAACUACUGUGACCGCAUCUUUGGGUCUGCUGAAGCACGCGAGCAUCACGAGAGUGCUACACAUCUUGUGCACAAGUGUGACGAUUGCGACAGGGCAUUUUUCUCCCCCGAUGCACUGCAGCAGCACAAGCGCGACAACCAUCCUUCAUUCCCAUGCCACUACUGUGACCGCAUCUUUGGGUCUGCUGAAGCACGCGAGCAUCACGAGGGCGCUGCACAUCUUGCGCACAAGUGUGACGAUUGCGACAGGGCAUUUUUCUCCCCCGAUGCACUGCAGCAACACAAGCGCGACAACCAUCCUUCAUUCCCAUGCCGCUACUGUGAUCGCGUAUUCAACUCUGCCGAAGCGUGCUCUCAGCACGAGGCACUUGUGCAUCUCACUCAUAAAUGUGAUGCAUGUGGCAGGGGAUUCCUCUCUUCUGAUACACUGGAACAGCACAAAAGGGAUGUACAUCCGUUCUUCAAAUGUGGCUACUGCGACCGCGUAUUUAAAUCUGCCGAAGCGUGCUCCCAGCAUGCGGCAACGCAUCCCAAGCACAAAUGCGAUGAAUGCGACAGGGCGUUUUUGUCCUCUGAUGCCGUGGAUCAGCACAAACGCGACAAACAUCCAUCGUUCGGAUGUGGUCAUUGUGGUCGUACAUUCAAGUCUGCCGAGACACACUCCCAGCAUGAGGCAGUUGCACAUCCUGCCCACGCAUGUGACGAAUGUGACAGGGCAUUUUCUUCCCCCGACUCCCUGGAACAACACAGGCGCGAUACGCAUGCUUCCUUCGAAUGCCGUCACUGUAGCCGUGCUUUUAGAUCAAUUGAAGCGCGUAACCAGCAUGUGGAUGCUGUUCAUCCCAUGCUCCCCUGUCACAAGUGCAGCAAGAAGUUCAGAUCCCCCAGCACGUUGGAGCAACAUCAACGGCAUGAGCAUUCCUCUCUCAAGUGUAGCAUCUGCGGUCUCGAGUUCAGUUCAUCCGUCAUGCGGGAUACGCACGAGACUGCAGCUCAUUUUUACCCCUGCACUCAGUGCGAUCGCGAUUUUAAGUCGGAUGAUGCCUUGCGACAGCAUGAAAAUACUUUGCAUGGCGUAGACUUGGAUCGCUCUGAUACCUUGGACCAGGAAAACGUUGGUCACUGCAUUGAGCAGUUGCCGUCGCCUGCACAGACAUCAUGUCAUGAAACUGUUACGUCUUAUCCGGACGAAUGUCGUAUACAGCCGAGAUCCAAUUCUUCGGUACAGCAACUAUCCGAUCCAGAAUCAGUUUCAGCAGGCCAGGCUCCAAUGGAGGGCUGCUCUGUCAAGGAAAAUAUAAAUGGCGAUGGAGAUGAACAGGGGACGCGUUGUUGGCGUUGCGGAGGAGUAUUUGACACUGAGGAAGAAUUCAGGAGUCAUGCUUGCGGGUUUCUUGGGAGAGAGAUACCUCUUCACUGUCCAGAUUGCUAUAGUUGCUUUGCAGACGAAACUUCCCUCCAGCAACACUUAACCACGAAGAUGGCGUUUGCUUGCCAAUGUUGUGGCCUACAAUUCUGUUUCAGAAGUCUGUUACAAGAGCACCUGGAGUCUCAUCUCAAGUGUCAGAAAUGCGGCAUAUCAUUUGGCGACGAAUCGGAGUUGUAUCGUCAUAAGGAACAUGAGCACCCAAUUGUCGUGUGCUGGGAAUGUGGUGGAGCUGUCAUUUUGCAAGACAACCUAGACCUACAUUACGCUUCCGAGCACCCUACUUGCUCUAUAUGCGGCGUCAGGAUGAAAGAACGCAAUAUGCUUGACGAGCAUGUCAAUAGCGAACAUGCGAACAGCGGACAUUCCUUGGAAUCGGACCGGAUUUCCGAAUCCGGCCGUGACCAAGCCGAUGACCAAAGUUCGAGUGAAGAUAUCGGUGUUGGCAGCGAAAAACAUAAUGUCGCAGUUCCUUCGUCGCCCUCUGCCGUUGGCUCUACCCAGUUUAGCGUACCUCGGAUGGACAAUCAUCCAGCAGACUCCGACCAUAAGAAAGAAACUAGAGGCGAUUCGCACCAGAUACCUUCACCUUCGCUAUCUCCGUCUGUAAAUGGCAGUGAUGCGAGCCAGUCUAACUUCGACACCUUAGUAGCGCAAGAGACUUUGCUUCAUAGUGAUCCUCAACCUGUGUCACCGAACUCGUCGUUCCUGACGGAGUCCUACGAUAGCGUCAGUGACCAAACGACUUCAUCGUCUUCGAGUCAAUCUGUUGUAUAUGUAACAGUGGAUUCAAUUCCUGAAUAUGCCAGGGAGAAUCGCGCUUACUUGGUCGCAACAAGUGCUCCAUCGGUACCUUCUUCAACUGCCACUAGCCCGUUACGACUACCAUCGGCCCUUUCAUCACUUGAUUCUGUGGAACUCCUCCCGCAGGUUUCCGAUGCAUCCACGCCAUCCACGGUUACCCCCUCCAGGAAUGAAAUUCGGCUUCACUGUAGGAUCUGUGGCCGCAAUCCUUGCGAAAACAUGACCGCAACGAUCUGUGGCCACAUAUUUUGUAAUAGCUGCAUAACUCGGGCAGUGGUUUCGAAAUCCGAAUGUCCAGUUUGCAAGGGCGCUAUAUUACUCUACUGUUUGUUUCGCCUUGACCUCACGGCAUGAAUACCGAGUAUACACUUGCUUUGUCAUUCUCGUCUAUAAUGCCCUGCGCUGGACGCUACUCGCUGACUCACAUUUUGCAAGGAUUGAACAUUGUACU